AUGACUAGUACGUCAAAAAUUGACUCAGCUCAAGCGGAAACAAACUCGCCAUCAACAAAUUUCUUGGCUCGAUCGAAAAAAUUACUACCACCACCGUUAUGUUUACCGGCGACAUCAACAAUGACAGAAGAAGAAAAACUUCUAAAUUCAACUCAACAGCGCGAACGAAAAAAAUCAUCAAAUAAUUGUUGUCUAUCAUCAACAUCAUCUGACGACUGUCCGCAUCAACCGGUAACAUAUGUUCUUCCUGUUAGUCGACGUCCAGAAAUAUUAAAAACUUUAAUUACAUCGUCAUCAACGUUGUUAGCACCGCCACCAUCGGAAACCAAACACAAAAAGUCGUAUAAUGCCGCUUAUGCGAAUCAAAUCAGUUUACUCAAACAACGUCAACCAACAACAAAACCGACGAUAAAUGAUAGCGAAUGGAUUGACCUUGUGCGUUUGAUUAUACACAGGCCUUUGGAAGAUGAAUUGAAAUCAUUACUUGAUAGAUAUAAAACGACUUAUUUCGAUCAAGUAAACGCACCGAAUGUCUCGGAUGACACGAUUCGCUCAAGUUUAUGUGCCAUUGUAACAGAGGCAUUGGGAACAUACUCAUCUUGUUCAACACUACCAGCAACAGAGCCACUCUCACCAACAGUUGAUCUAACUACAAAUGUUUCUUCUCCUUCGAUGAUAACAGCCACUGUAAACAACGGCAGUACAAAACGAAAGAGAAAACGUAUAUGUCCAAGAACAUCGAUAUCAUUACCUAUAUCUAUCAACAAUCAAACGAAAUUUGUCAUCAGUCAUAUCAUUCCCGGUAAAUACGAAAAUACGAAUGGCAAUAAAAGUAACAAUCAUCAACAAUACAAGCAAUUUCAGAAGAAAUACGCACACCUGUUCAAAUACAUCCCUGAUAAAGAAGAACAAGCGUAUCUUUUACGUGCAGAAUAUUUGAAGCCAACAUCAACACGUUCGCCAACGAAUCAGAAUAUUUGCUUAAUGUUAUACGAUGAAGUUUUCAAUUAUAUAGAUGAUUAUGAUCUGGAAUUAAGUGGGAUAUCAUUGGAUGAAGUGUUUACAUUACCUGAAUCAUUUCUUGUACAUAUCAAUUCAAUGUCUCAACAAUCUGCAGAAUAG